AUGUGCUCGACAGACCGGCCUUGUUUGACGUUAGCGCAGCAUUUGGUCCGCCAUACUUUCUUCACUCGACAUCAAAACCUCCUCAAAUCACGGCGGAUUUUUACUACCUUUUUUUCAAAUUGAACACCAAAACACUUCACUACUAAACAAAUUAAUAACCCAACAACAUUUUUCUUGGUUUCCGAAGGGAAUACAUCAACAUGGUGGAUGAUAAAACCAAUGCUAAAGAUUUAGAGCAAUGGAUAGAACAGCUUAUGGAAUGCAAACAGCUUUCGGAGGCUCAAGUCAAAACUCUCUGCGAGAAGGCGAAGGAAAUCCUGAGUAAAGAAUCCAAUGUGCAAGAUGUAAAAUGCCCGGUUACGGUCUGCGGCGAUGUUCAUGGACAGUUUCACGACCUCAUGGAAUUAUUUAGAAUAGGCGGCAGGUCUCCAGAUACUAACUAUCUCUUCAUGGGUGACUACGUAGACAGAGGAUACUACUCUGUUGAAACUGUAACACUGUUAGUAACAUUGAAGGUUCGAUUCCCUCAUCGCAUCACAAUCCUGCGUGGCAACCAUGAAAGUCGACAGAUUACUCAAGUUUAUGGUUUCUAUGAUGAAUGUUUACGUAAAUAUGGCAAUGCUAGCGUAUGGAAGUAUUUCACAGACCUGUUCGAUUACCUCCCGCUUACUGCACUUGUUGAUAAUCAAAUAUUUUGUCUACACGGUGGACUAUCCCCAUCCAUAGACACCCUUGAUCACAUAAGAGCCCUUGACAGAAUACAGGAAGUUCCACAUGAGGGACCCAUGUGUGAUCUGUUAUGGAGUGAUCCAGAUGAUCGUGGCGGUUGGGGUAUAUCCCCAAGAGGUGCCGGCUACACUUUUGGUCAGGAUAUAUCUGAAACAUUUAACCACACAAAUGGACUGACAUUGAUUGCCAGAGCUCACCAGCUUGUAAUGGAGGGAUACAACUGGUGUCAUGACAGAAAUGUAGUGACCAUAUUCAGUGCGCCCAACUACUGCUACAGAUGCGGUAACCAAGCUGCAAUAAUGGAACUAGAUGAUGCUCUGAAAUACUCAUUUCUGCAGUUUGAUCCAGCCCCCAGAAGAGGAGAACCUCACGUAACAAGACGAACUCCAGAUUACUUCUUGUAACCUGAUUUGACACAAGGAUACGUUAAUGAAGACUAAACUCAAAACUAACCUUCUAACAUGGGAUUCUUCAUGUGUUGGGUUUUCCCUCAGACAGGAAAUCACAGGCAAAGGGCUUAAAGUUUAAACUAUAGCUCUGACAAAAAUAGUUACUAAUCAUUAUUAGUAAUAAUAAUAAUUAUAAGUAAUGAUUAUUAUUAUCAUUAUUAUUAGUUGUACAGAGAAUGACAGAUGCAGUGUGCUGUAUUUUAUCUGCAAAGACUCUAUCACAUGAAUUAACAUUAUGUACUAGAUACAUCUGUCUGCAAAAAUCUAAACACAAUAUUGAGACAAAAAUGUUUUAAGAUUAUAAUAGUGUUUUAUAUGGGUGUGAAGAACCUUGUAUUCUAGGCAUGCCUGUCCAUAUCUUACUGUGCCACUCAUUGUAUGUGCUACACACAUUUCUUUUGACAACUUUUAAUAGCCCUUUGCAUGCAUUAUUACCACAGCAAAAUGCUUAGCAAAUUUCCUUAUUCAAAUUAUUGUGACAAUUGGUGCUAAUUAACUGAUCAAAAGAAAGUGUGCAAGGGAUUAUGGUAGUGGUAGUAUAUGAUGCUGUAAUGCCAAGUGACCUAUUGUGCAAAUGUUUUGAGGCAGACUUGGUAUAUCCAUGUAAAAACAUCAAAGUGAAAUGCUGAUAUCUAAUUGGUAAACAGUAGAUAGCACAAUUAAAAGUUGCCAAAAAGAAAUCAAUAACUUGUGGAAUUGUUCACAGUUUGUUGCAUACCACAGUAAUUUUGUUUCAUAUUAACAUUACUACUUCAUGCCUAGACACUUCACACCCAUAAGAAAUACUUUUAUCUAUUUGGGAUUUUUUGAUGAUGUUGUACAUACUAAACUAAGUAAAAAAUCUAGUUGGAAGAUUAAGAAAAAACAAACCUUAAUCAAAAUAACAUGCCCCCCUCCCCUCCCCCCAUCUCUGUCCCAUAUAGAAAUGGUUAUGAUGUCUGUAUCCCCCUCCCCUGCCUGUUAAUAUGGCCUUUUCAAAUUAGAAUACUAUAGUGAAAUGCUUGUAAAUGUGUCUAGUUCAGAUGAAUGCYGUUAAUAAAAUGUUUUAAGUCAUU